AUGGCUCCCUCGUGUAGUAACGCUAUCGCUGUGCAGUGCAUUCCAGGCUUCACUGGCCAGAUCCUAACGCCUUCUUCCGCACUGUACCAGCCUGCCAACCAGCGUUUUUCUGCCACCGCUGUCCUCCAACCAGCUUUCAUCGCUCGGCCUGCCACCGAUUCCGAUAUUUCUCGCAUACUUCAAUUUGCACUUGGUCAGGACCCCAAACUUGAGCUUGCAGUUAAGGGAGGGGGCGUAAAUCCAUACCCUGCUGCCUCUUCGGACGGCGGUUUAGUGAUCGAUUUGUCACUAAUGAAUACCGUUUCUGUUUCUGGCGACAAGCAAACGGUGACAGUAGGAGGCGGUGCUAAGUGGGGCGAUGUCUACGCAGAGGCCGACAAACAAGGGGUCGCCGUUGUCGGCGGAAGUGUUCAUCUUGUUGGUGUUGGCGGGUCAGCUUUAGCAGGAGGAUACUCUCCUUUGUCCGGACAAUAUGGUAUGGCGGUCGACAAUAUGCUUUCAGCGACAGUCGUGUUGGCGGAUGGCCGCGUCGUCAAGACUGACGCCACAAAUGAACCCGACCUCUUUUGGGCGAUUCGAGGUGGUGUCAAUCAGUUUGGCGUGGUUACACAGAUGGUUUUCGCAACCCAUCCUUCCCCUGGCCCAAUCACGAUGGGAUCCCUUGUUUACCCUUCGAGCGAUCUACCCGAGGUUUUACAAGCUCUCCACGACCAUCUCGCUCAUCAAGACCCGAGUUCUAAAAUGAUUCUCAUGUUCGCCCGAUCGCCAGAUCCUAGUAUUUUGAUUCUCCCUUAUAUCGAAAACCAGAAGACCGACCCAGACACUGUUCUUGCACCCUUCCGAACACUUGCUACGCCAGUUUUUGAAGGUGUAGGCACCGUUAACAACUUCUCCACGGUAGCCCAUGGUGCCGACUCGUCCUUAGGCGGACCUCCUCGUGUCACCAUCGACGGCGCAUUAUUCUCUGAUGUCUGGGAUGACACCGUCACGUCUGUCUAUCAGAGCUGGGAACAAUUCAGCAACGAUUCGAGGUUCCAGAGUACCAUCGUUAUGUGGGAAUUCUCGCACCCCGCCAAGAUCGCUUCAAAACCGGUCGACAGUACUGCAUUCGCUGCUCGAAGCCCGCAUUUCUACAUGACUGCGACUGCAAGAAACACGGAUCCAGCUGAUGACGCCCAAGUUGCUGAAUGGACAUCACAAGUCGCCAAGUCCGUUAGGCAAGCACAAGUUCAGAAAACUGGAAAUGCCCUUCCCAUCCCGGCUAGCCUUGCUCAAAGUCCGCAGACUGAGACCGUUGAGGACGUCUUUGGCUCGAAUCUUCCCAAGUUGAGGACGGUAAAAGCCAAGUAUGACCCUGGCAAGGUUUGGAGUAAGGGUUGGGUUAUCGAGCCUGACUUCAGCUCAUGA